GAUGAGAGGCGCUGCUGCACGAUUGACUACGGCACUACGGCGACGCGGAGUCACACCUAGGAGUUUCUCGAGAUUUUCACGUGAAAAACCGUGUAGGAGUCUACCGCUGGUCGAGUUUCGUUUAAGCUUGACCAAUGGAGGGUUUCGAAGAGGACGACGACACGCACUUCUGCAUCAAGUGUAAUUUGACAAUCCACGGUCUCGACAAUUAUGUGCGGCAUCGUCGUUCGGGCUGCCGACCGUCCGACGUCAAAAUCGAGAUCGCCCACGAGCCACCCUCGACGCCAACGACAGUGUCCUAUCCCGAGAUUCUAAACGCGGACGCGUUCUUCAGCUCGCUGGAAUUACAGAGCAACGCUCGACGCGCGCCGACUUUAUUGGAUAACAGUCGAAAAUUCAAGAAGGAUGACAAGAGAAAGAAGGACCAGAAAGGUCAGGUGGACGGUGACGAGCCCGGCGCGAAGGAUAAACUUCACAGUAUGUUACCCGCCGUCAGCGAUCUGGACGAGCCGCCCGAUCUGUGCAUCCAGUCCCUGAAGCAGACCACUCUCGAACGGAAGAGACAUGAGAAUCAGCAGAGCUGGCUGGACGACCCCAUCCUCGCCGACCUUUCUUUAGGGAAUAGCGCGAACAAGGAGCUGGCGAGAUACGACUUUGAGUACGAUGACUCCGAGGACGACAUGCUGGAGGAGGAAUUGGGGGAGGAUUCCUAUUCGGAUUCGGAUGACGGCGAAAAUCGAGAGGGUCCGCCGCGAGAUCACACCGGUGGAAAGUGGAAGCCCGGCCUCGACGAUUUGCCGCAGGACAUGCCGCAUAUGCAUGAGGAGGACGCCGAGCCCGACGAUGAUCAUCAGCAACAUCCUCCGCCGACGUAUACCGGCGGCAAAUGGCGCCCCGCGGAGACAUCGCAAGAGAGAAAGGUCGAGGAGUACGAAAGCAAGAACACAUCCGGACAGCCGCCACCGGGACACACGCGAGGGAAAUGGGUACCGGGUGCACGAACGGAUAUCGAGUCGGGAUAUUGGUGCAAUCCUUGCGGUAGGAAGCUCGCCUCACGAUUGGUCUACAACAGGCAUCUGCUCUCUGAUUUGCACGCCAGAAGGAGCAUUAGGGAGCUCGACGGCGGCCUCCACCUACGCCGUGGAAUAAAUUCGCACGCGACGAGAGUGUCCAGAAGAGUGUCCACUCGUAGGCAAACUUCGCUCGAAACGAGGACGAAAGAAGAGCCCGAGCAGAAGAAAGUUAAGAAAGGCGUGCGUCGGAGGGAGAAGGAGAUUCUUCUCUGCGAGAUGUGCCGCACGCGCGUGAGGAGGCCUCAAAUGGGUAAACAUUUGCUCUCCCAUUACCAUUGCCGUGUGUCAGGUGUCCUCGUGAAUCCUCGCAAUCCAAGCGUACGCCGUUUCCUUCUGGAGCACAUAGCGAACGUGGUACGGCAGAGUCCCUUCCAAUGCGCCUCUUGUCGUUUUUACUGCAACACCGAGGAGACGUUCCUGCUUCAUUGGCGUUCCGAGCUUCACUCCAAGACCGUAGAACAGAUCGGUGGCAGUUGCCGAUGCACUCCGUGCAACUUCUGUUGCGCGGACAACGCGACAAUGGAGUCUCACCUCCUGAGUACGAGUCAUCGUGACGUAGUAUCGAUGAUGAAGGGCUCCGUGCCGGUGGUAAUUAGUCGUCAACGUACGUUAUCCUGCGGCAGUUGCGAUCGGCAAUUCCGAUACAACUUCCAGCUGCGAUUGCACGCCAAAGAGACCGGUCACGCCGCGAGUCAUACCGCUUCGGACGUGUAUCAGCAGCGUAUCAAGUGCGAUCGGUGCCCCCAAGUCCUCCGGUCCCUGGUCGCGCUUCAGCGUCAUCAGCUGACCAAUCACAUCGCCAAGGACAAAGAGAAGGGUGGCGAGGUCGUGACGGCCGCGCAACCGGCGCCGUACUUCUGCUCCUUCUGCUCGUUGAACUUUAUCACCGCCCAAGAAGCGGUUCUGCAUCGGAGGACUCCUAGUCACAAGGAAGCCGUGAAGGCACGCAAGAGCGAGGAAGGCCUGCUGGAGACAGUGCGGGAGUGCCCUCAUUGCGACCAGAAGCACCCGAAUCUCGCGGCGCACAAGAGCCAUCUCCUUCUUUGUCAUCCGGAAAUUUGCCACAGAUGUCCUCGAUGCGGCAUGCUUUUUGCCCUGUCACAAGACGUCACCAGACACACGCGAGAGGGUAAUUGUCUCAAAAAUAACGAUAAAUCGAGCGCGAGUGAAGCAGAAAGUCAGGACAAAAAGUGGAAAUGCAGGGAUUGCAUCUUCUCAACGGAUUCCAAAGCCGAACUGAUUUUUCACGAAGCCUUGCACGUCGGUGCCGUUCAAGAAACGGAAGCGGGAGCAAGCAAGAUGUUGCCGAAAUAUAGAUGCCCGAUUUGUGGGAAGGCUUUCCAGAAGACGUCGCUACGGAAUCACAUUAGGCAGCAUACAGGAGAGAAGCCCUUUUCUUGCGUAAAAUGUUCAGUCUCGUUCGUGAGAAGAUCGCAUCUCAUUAUUCAUCAGAAGAUGUGCAACAAUUCGUCGAAAUCUCUGGACGAAACUGGCCGUCGACGGAACUUUAUCUGUUUGCAUUGCGAUAAAGGCUUCUACACAAAGCAUGCCCUUCGACAGCACAUGCUGCGACACGCCGGUAAGAAGUACAAGUGCGGCCUUCCGGGUUGUCCAACGAUUCUUCGUACCGCAACCGAGCUGAAGACCCAUCGAAGGCUGGUACACGACAACAUCGAGAAGCAGUACUCAUGUCCCGAUUGCUCCUACGCCGCUAAAACGAAGACGCAGCUGCGCAGGCACAGGAUAAGGCACGAGGACUCCGCGAACAACGAAAGGGUCCAGAUUCACUUCUGCACUUACAAGGGCUGCAACUUUAAGACGAAACUCGGCUCGAACCUGCGGAGACACGUGCGACUGCACACCGGCGCCAAGCCGUACAAGUGUCGACACUGCCCCUACGCCAGUAACACCUUGGAGAAUCUCCGGAAGCACAUCCUAUCGACGAACUUGCACCCGGGUGAGACGAUCUACGAGUGCGAAUUCUGCGAGAAGAGUAAAGGAAAGGAGGCGGAUCCGUUCUGCACGAACUUCGCCAAGGAACUUCGUGCUCACCUGCUGGAAGCCCACGCCGAAGACUUUCCGACGCCAAAUGACGCGAACAACUACACGAAUAACAUUUUCAGACCCAAUUAAUCAGAAAGAUUUAAAUCCGAAUUCAAUCAGAUCUUAUUUGUUGUUGGGAUGUGCAUUACGAAAUUUUCAUGAGGUAUGUACGAUAAGGGUAAUAAACAUAAUUACAUUCUCCUCAUAUCUUUUCUUCUGUUAAAUGUGUUCUCAUUAAUAUUGUAAGAAUAUGAAUUUAAUAAUGGACACACAAAGGUUUCAUUAUACGAAAAAGAUCUUAGAAAGAUCUCAGAUCCCAGAGAUCUUUCCGAUCUUGAUUUCUCAUUCCGCGCUCUGCAGUGAUCUAUGGAUUAGCUCGCGUUCGUCCGAAUCGAGCAACGCGUGUUCGUCCACCUCGCGUGUCUACUUUAUUAUCGAGUCUCAAAUGAGAAUUUAUGCGGACAUAAACGAUCGUGUCAACAAUGCGCCCUGCGUAAAAUGGAGGGAGACGCACUGUUGAGCAGGCAUCUAUCACACAGCGAUGCCGACCUGGCCGUUCUACCCGACGCGGGUCUUUGUCACGCAGGAUUGUUCGGCAUUCGAGAAAUGUUGGCCCCGAGCAGAUAUCUCAUUUGCGAAAAAAAAAUAAAGAGUUUUGGAGAAUUUCACGUGAUUGAUCCGCGUCUCCAAUCUAAAAUUUAGAACUCUAAUAGAGUGAAUUUUUACUCUUAAUUGGAGUGAAAAAUCACUCGAAAAAUAACUCUUAUUGGAAUAAAAAAUUUACUCUAUUAGAGUAAAUUUUAACUCUUAUUGGAGUGGAAUUACUCGGAAAAUUGUAGUAGCAGUAUUUCCAUUCUAAGAAAUUUAGAAGGUACUUAAAAUAAAACGUAGAAGUGAAAGUUAACUUUCCAAUGCAGAGACAAACUUUUGGGACCCAUAUAGGGUCAUCAUUGUUUUCUACAAUAGCAGACAUUGUUAUGCAGGACCUGGAAACGAGAUGCAUUGAAAAGCAUAACUUUCAUUCCUACGUCUUACAUAUUUUAGACACGUAGAUGACAUCGCCUUAGCUGCUUAGCUCUUCUGUAAAAAAAACGGAUUUUAGAAAAACGAAGUAUUUCUCGGUGCGCCAGACUAGAAUACCUUCUUAAUUUCUAAAUUCUUCGAAACGAAACGUAGCGCGGCAUCGCGGUGCACGGGCCGUGCAAGCGCGAAGCGCAAACGAUAUGCAUUUUCAUUGUCACGUCUUUUCGACGAUAUUAUUAUCGGGAUGUCCUCCGACGCGAAAGGUGCGCGCGAACACGCAGCUGGCAAAGCUCGCGGUAAUAAACGACCGCGAUGAUUUUGCCCCGUGUCACCGUACCGAAUUUAAAGUAGGCAAUGCGCGACUUUGAACCAAUCUGAAUAAAGAGAGCAGCGCGCUCGAUAUGGGCGAGGCGUGGGCUAGAUCGUCCUCAUCUCCCCCUUCUCACCCUUAGGCUCGUAAAUAAAUGAAAUCUACGAGAGAAGAUACGGCGCGGCGGAAUGGCGCGUGCAUAAAUAGGCGGUUCGUAUUAAAAAAAAAAAGAACGUGCGUGCAUUCCCACUCCCGACGUGAAUCAUCGUAAAAGUGCUCGCCUGUUCAAUAUAUUGUACUUACCGCGGAGCAUCUCCUUCAGACGAAAGCGUGGUUUCCUUUUGUCUGACACGCUGCAUAAUUCCUCCCUCCCCCUCCCCUGUUUCCCCCGCCUCCCCCUCUUCUCGUACGGCAAAUUUUUACCGGGAGAAUUCAAUCCGGUCGAACGAAUGUUCCAAUAAUUUAUUUGCAUAAUGCCGAGCAGAAAAUUUUCUCUCGUAUCGAUCUAUCGAAACUCGACUUAUUUAUAAUGAAGGAAAGGAUGCCUUUCUAGAUAUUUAUUUCUAUGUAUAUGCGAUAUGUUUUUUAUUAAUUAUUGUUGAAGAAAUACCUAAUGUUGAAUUAAUUGUUUAUCUUCAUAUGUUCAUUGUAUAAAGGUAAUUUUCCUCUGUACGUAUAAUAUGUAGGAGGACAAGAUCGCAAAGUUUAAUUAAUAUUUUUGAGGAACCAUUAGAAAGAAGAGGGACUGGUUUAGUAGCUUUCUUGUGGGAAUCUCUUCAAGUAAUCCGACACAAUGCACAAACACAUUUAAAAUCGAAAAAUGGCGAGCAACGGCAAAGAGAUAUAUGAAGAAAUAGGAAGGUAUGCGCGGAUAAAGAUUGAAACGUGAGAAAAUGUAGGAAUAAUGUAACGUAAACGCGGAAUUUGGUCUCUUCGAGGAUUCAAAGAUCGUCGUGCGAGACACACGGACGUACGGCAUCGUACGUCGAUGAUUAACGAUCCACUUCAAUUCGGCGCGAGGAACGCCGCGAUAUUUUUCAUCCCCUCCCCCUCCCCUCCUUCUCCUCCCCUUUCCCGCCGUCGACGUUGGAACACUCUAAAUUCCCAGUGCGGAUCGACUUCGUUGGCGUUUACGUAGAUUAACGCGGAAGUCUCCAUCACCACAAAUCAUUAUUAGCAUAUUAUCGGCGACACUUAUCGGGGCGCCGCGCAAAGUUCCACCCUCUCAAAUAAGACCCCGCUCAUAAAUCAGAAAGUGUCUUUUCCUCGACUCGGUGAUAUUUCAUUCGUUAACAGGUAUAUAAUUACGUCCGCCGCGCGCCGAAUCCCCGUCCCCGAUCAAACACUUUUCCGCCCGCGCGCGAAAAUAUACGCGCGCGGCGAGUGGAGGGGGAUGAAGGGAGAGAAAGGCGGAGGGAAAGAGGUCGAUCCUUCGCGCGCGAUAAACAGGCGGCCCGUAAACCGGCCGGUUUAUCGCCGAUCAAUGGCGCAUCUUCAUGAUAAAUAUUUGCCUAACGCUCACGCGGCGGAUUACCGUUACCUCACGUAAUUACGAGCCGUGUAUAUUUUAUACGGGGCGAGCCAACGCGGCGGCGCGCGGCAUUCGGGCCCGAUGUCGAUGCACGCCGAAUGCGUAUUACCGAUCCGAAAUAAAGUUUAAGUUUAUUAUCUUCCAUCUGCAUUCGGAUUGUGAUAAAGCGUUGGAAUAAAACGUCGCUUUCACAGUAUUUUAUGAGCUUCGGAAGCGACGAUACAUAUUCCGUCGACAGAGCGACAAAAACAGGAUCGUAUAUAAAACGGUGAUGCGAGGGGGGGAUCGAUUGUCGACCCUCUCCUCCCCCUCUCCUUCCCCUUUCCCUUCAUUCCCGGAAUAAUUAAAAACGCGACGCUUGAUCCGGCGCAUCUCCCGAUCGGCGAAUUCGCUCUUUUUUUUUUUAUGAAUAAAAUAAAAUGAAAGAAACUUAAUCGAUAUUUAUCAUUAAUUGCGGCGACGGAUCCGCGCGGAUUUAUCGCGCGCCUCGCGAUUGUAUUUCAUCGGUAUUUCGCGGCCGUCGAAGAAAAUUUUUCCACUUUUUUUCAGUUAUCCAGCUCAAUAUCAGCGCAGACAUAAAAUGUAUCAUCACCGCUCGAAACGGAAGGAACGCUACCGCCAUCACGCAUCCGAAAAUUAAUCGGCGUGGGCGCAGCCGAUAACGAAUGGUGUUCCCGCCAAACGGCCAGUAUAUUUUACUUUGCACUCCAGUGUCUGUUAUUUUGUGCGCAUUCUGGCUGUCCGAUCUGGCACGAUUUACUCGCCGGUCUCGAUCAGGAAUUUUCGAGUCGCGCGCGCGCGCGAUUCCGGACAAAUACCCACGGAACCAUUAAAAAAUUGCUGCCGAACUGCGCGCACGUUUCGAUCUCGGUUUCCCUCCCGAUCGAAGGUCUCGCGUUAUUAUCUAUUAUCGAUCUAUCUGCUAAUGUAAUUAAUGUUUAAAUAAUAAUUAAAUUUUUAUUAGAUAAAGUUGAAAAACGACGAAUUUUGUACAGUUUAUAUGCACAAUCACAAAAACGUAUUUUCCUUUUAGCGUUAAAGUCACUUAAUCUGCUUCAUUAUAAAAAUAAUUUGUAAGUUUGAAUUUGAUUAAACGGACAAUAAUUAUUUUAAAUAAUUUUAAAUUAUUUUAAAUAUAAAAUAUUAUAACGUGCGUAUAUAUUAUUUUACUCUAAUACGCAUAUAUAAAAUUAAUAUAUUUGUAUAGUUUUAUACAUGUAUUAUAUGUGUACAGUGUAAAAAAAUGAUAGAUUGAAAUAAAGAAGGUUCAAAUACCUAACGAUACUAAACAUAUAAUAAAUUGGUAAAUAAUUUUAUUUUUAAUUACUCCUGUACUGUUUAAAUUUUCAAAUUGAGACAUUUUAAUCCAUGUUUUGUUUUGACAAAUUACAAUAUAAAACUUGACGAUAAAUGUAGGUUAGUAAUAAAUUUGUAUAAAUUAAAACUGUUUUCUCAUUUUUCGUCUACGUUUGCUUACAGUACUUUUUAAGCAUUAUUUCAUCUUUGACGUUUAUCGAAUCUUAAACAAAGACAAAUAAUACACAACGUGGAUUAUAACAGUUAUUAUAUUUUGUUAUAAAAAGCGUUUAAAAUUUUAAUUUUCGAAGAAAACAGAAGUUACUUAUUCUUUUAUCAACGUUCCGUCUUUGCGCCUAAUCUAUUUUCCUCAAUACACCGCUGUUUGUCGGGUUGCAAGUUUCAGGGGCAGCGCUAAGCUGCACAUGUUUAACCAUUUCACGCUCAAUAAAAUAUAUAUUUCGAUGUAAAAAAAUGUAUUUAAUAAAUAUUGAGUCAUGAGAUUAAUAAAAA